AUGAGUUCCGUCAAUAAAGAUACUAUUCAUGUUGCUGAAAGAAGUCUUCAUAAAGAACACCUUACUGAAGGUGGUAACAUGGCCUUCCACAACCAUUUGAAUGAUUUUGCUCAUAUUGAAGAUCCUCUGGAAAGAAGAAGAUUGGCUUUGGAGUCCAUCGAUAACGAAGGUUUCGGUUGGCAACAAGUUAAGACCAUCGGUAUUGCCGGUGUUGGUUUCUUAACAGAUUCUUAUGAUAUUUUUGCCAUUAAUUUGGGUAUCACUAUGAUGUCCUACGUUUACUGGCACGGUAGUAUGCCGAGUUCAAGUCAGACCUUGUUGAAGGUUUCCACUUCUGUUGGUACUGUUAUUGGUCAAUUUGGUUUUGGUACUUUAGCUGAUAUUGUUGGUCGUAAGAAAAUUUAUGGUUUGGAACUUAUCAUCAUGAUUGUCUGUACUAUUUUGCAAACCACUGUUGCUCAUUCUCCUGCUAUUAACUUCGUUGCUGUUUUAACAUUCUACCGUAUCAUAAUGGGUAUUGGUAUUGGUGGUGACUACCCCCUAUCUUCUAUUAUUACUUCUGAAUUUGCCACUACCAAAUGGAGAGGUGCCAUUAUGGGUGCUGUCUUUGCUAACCAAGCUUGGGGUCAAAUUUCCGGUGGUAUCAUCGCCCUUAUCUUGGUUGCUGCUUACAAAAGCGAACUAAACUACGCAGACUCUGGUGCUGAAUGUGAUGCUAGAUGUCAAAAGGCUUGUGACCAAAUGUGGAGAAUCCUUAUUGGGUUGGGUACCGUUCCAGGUUUGCUAUGUUUGUAUUUCAGAUUGACUAUUCCAGAAUCUCCUAGAUAUCAAUUGGAUGUUAACGCUAAGUUGGAACUUGCUGCUGUACAGGAACAAGAUGGUGAAAAGAAAAUCCACGACACCAGCGAUGAAGACAUGGCAAUUAACGGUUUGGAAAGAGCUUCUACUGCCGUCGAAUCUCUUGACGCUCAUCCUCCAAAGGCUUCAUUCAAAGAUUUCUGCAGACAUUUUGGCCAAUGGAAAUACGGUAAGAUUUUGCUAGGUACUGCUGGUUCAUGGUUUACCUUAGAUGUUGCCUUCUACGGUUUGAGUUUAAACAGUGCUGUUAUUCUGCAAACCAUCGGUUAUGCCGGUUCCAAAAACGUUUACAAGAAACUGUACGAUACUGCUGUCGGUAAUUUGAUUUUGAUUUGCGCUGGUUCGUUACCUGGUUACUGGGCAUCCGUCUUUACUGUCGAUAUUAUCGGUAGAAAACCAAUUCAAUUAGCCGGUUUCAUCAUCUUGACCAUUUUGUUCUGUGUCAUCGGUUUUGCAUACCAUAAGAUUGGUGACCACGGUCUAUUGGCUCUUUACGUCAUUUGUCAAUUCUUCCAAAACUUCGGUCCAAACGUAACCACCUUUAUUGUUCCUGGUGAGUGUUUCCCAACUCGUUACAGAUCUACUGCUCAUGGUAUUUCUGCUGCAUCUGGUAAGGUCGGUGCUAUUAUUGCACAAACCGCUUUGGGUACUCUAAUCGACCAUAACUGUGCUAGAGACGGUAAGCCAACCAACUGUUGGCUACCUCACGUCAUGGAAAUUUUCGCCUUAUUCAUGUUGUUGGGUAUCUUCACAACCUUGUUGAUCCCAGAAACUAAGAGAAAGACUCUAGAAGAAAUCAACGAGCAAUACCACGAUGAAAUCGAUCCUGCUACCCUAAACUUCAGAAACAAGAAUAAUGACAUUGAAUCUUCCAGCCCAUCUCAACUUCAACAUGAACCAUAA